UGCUGAAGGCGUAAUCUACUGAGUCACAGGCAGAGGUAGAAAACCCUGCCACUGUGUAGAAAAGUCGAAGGAAGAAGAAGAAAAAGAAGGAAAACCGAGAACAGGUACUAUUUUCCCCAAGAUUCAGCGUUUCACCUUCAGAAAUGACUACCUCAUUUCACCGCAGAUCCUGCUUCUCUCGACAACGCCAAAGAAACCCAACCUGAACUCAGAAGUCAGCUGUUGACGUCUCUGAAUCAAGCUGCAGAUUUGCUCCAAUUGAGCCCCUGGAUAUUGAGCGAACAUCGUGCUGUUGCCGUGCUGACAGGCCAGAGGGACAUUGAUCGCCAGGUGUCCCUCCAGAGGAACUCUGAGGGGUCGCCACGGAAAGGAACAUGUUCUAGAAGUCGUACGUCUGUCCUAAUCGACUGGUCGGCUUUGACUCUAGAAGAUGAACAAUGAGGAUGAGUUCUACGACGCCGUCACAGGCCUGGAUUCAGACGAGUCGUAUGAAGGCGUAUCGGAGGCCAGCUUCAAAGAUGCGCUGGUGUUUGACAGCAGCAGCCAGAAGAACAAUGGCUCUGUGCCACAAGAGAAUGGCAUCAAGAAACACAGGACGUCAUUACCGGCGCCCAUGUUCUCCAGAAACACUAUCAGUGUGUGGAGCAUCCUGAAGAAAUGCAUCGGACUGGAACUCUCCAAGAUCACGAUGCCCAUCGCCUUCAACGAGCCUCUGAGCUUCCUGCAGCGAAUCACAGAGUACAUGGAACACACUUACCUCAUCAACAGAGCCUGCGCAUUGCCCGACUCCAUAGAGCGCAUGCAGGCGGUAGCUGCUUUUGCUGUGUCAGCGGUUGCGUCUCAGUGGGACAGAACUGGAAAACCUUUCAACCCUCUGCUGGGAGAGACCUAUGAGCUCACCAGAGAGGACCAGGGCUUCCGGCUGGUGUCGGAGCAGGUAUCCCACCAUCCCCCGGUCAGCGCCUUCCAUGCAGAGAGUCUGGUGGGGGACUUUGUCUUCCACGGAUCCAUCUACCCCAAACUCAAGUUCUGGGGCAAGAGCGUCGAGGCAGAGCCGAAAGGGACCAUCACCCUAGAGCUGCUCAAGCACAACGAGGCGUACACAUGGAGUAACCCCUACUGCUGUGUUCACAACAUCAUCCUGGGGAAGCUGUGGAUAGAGCAGUAUGGCACCGUGGAGAUAGUCAACCACAGCACUGGAGACAAAUGCGUGUUGAAUUUCAAACCCUGCGGGAUGUUUGGCAAAGAGCUGCACAAAGUGGAGGGAUACAUCCAGGAUAAGAGUAAAAAGAAACACUGUGUGAUCUACGGGAAGUGGACCGAGUGCAUGUGGAGCGUGGACCCUCAGGCGUACGAGGCCCACAAGAAGUCGGAGAAGAGAGGGGACAGCAAGAAGCACAAAAGUGAGGACCAGGAGGAGAACGAUGACGCGGACGACAUGCCCGACGCCCAGGAGACGGUCUGUGUGGUACCAGGAAGCACUCUGCUGUGGAGGAUAGACUCCAGACCGGCUCUCUCUACUCAGAUGUACAACUUCACCAACUUUGCGAUGUCUCUCAAUGAGAUGGAGCCCGGCAUGGAGGGCACGGUGGCCCCCACAGACUGCCGCUUCAGGCCCGACAUCAGAGCCAUGGAGAACGGCUUGAUGGAGGAGGCCAGUAGGGAGAAGGAGCGUCUGGAGGAGAAACAGAGAGCGUCCAGGAAGGAGAGAGCCAAGGACGAGGAGGAGUGGAACACCAGACCGUCUGCUUCUGUGUCAUGCAGCUCACUGAUCAAGUGGUUCCAGAUGGGCACCAACCCGUACACCAACGCCCCGGCCUGGCUCUACACCGGGGGAUACUUCAAUAGAAACUACCAAGACCUGCCCGACAUCUACUGAUAGUCCUCCAGCCUUCAUCAUCAUCCUCCUCUUCCUCCUGUAUAACCUGCAAUGUCGUGAAAUGGAGAGAAAUGUACAAAAAAGAAAUCCACAUUCCCAUCUUCAUCUCACUGCCUCCAUCCUCUUUAAACUGAGAGCGACAGAGGAGAUUGAAACUCAUCCACGUCGCUCAGCAGCCUGCUUCAUGCCCUCUGAGUCUUCAGCUCUUUUUUUCUUUUUUUUAAAUCUCUGCUUAUUCUCAUUUUUGGUGAUUUUGUCACAUAGCAACCAGCACAUUUUCUUCCUGAGGGAUGGCAGCGGCAGAGAGCUGGUGAACUCAACGGUUACUCUGAAUGUUUAACACUUUUACUUCACACACUCUGACUGUCUCACGUGUUGUUAUGGAGUUAAAUCAUGAAGUAAAACAUAAUAAUCACAGUGAUGGAUUUACAGUCAAAGCAGGGAUGUGUGAAUCAUGAGGCCUCUUUAUUUUUCUUUACAUACUUUGAAAAUAAAUAUAGGUGACAUUGUACCCUGUAAGGAAGACGAUUAUAUGUUGGUGAAAGGAGCUCAUUACUGUCUGUGUGUAAUGUCCCUGAAACACUCUCCAGCACAUUAACCUUCUGCUAAAGGUUUAUGUGCUGAAAUGAAUCCAGACAGACUACUAGAGAGCAGAUGCUUCCUCGACAGCAGAGGGGAAUGUGAUGCCAGAGGGGGGGGGGACCAGGAGAGGAACCACACGCACCAUGUGACGUUCUCCUGCACAGCAACACAUGAAUCUGACCUUUAAACCCCUGUCUGCACUUGGCUUCUGUUUGUCUGUAAAAGUAGCUUUCUCUCGCAGUGUAAUUGUAAAGUACGAUUAACAUUAACAAAAGAAAUGAGGAAACAUUUAACGGAAUGUUCUAAUGCAGCACGGCUAGCUGCUGAGUCGUAGCUGAGCUGUCAUCCUCCGCUUCGUACAUCUCUUAAAAGGCGGAGGAAAUGUUGAAAGUUCUCUUUAGGCACAAUUCUGCUUUCCCCAUGAGUUUGUCAUUUAUAACUGUAUAUACAACUCCCAGAUUUGACUCAACCACCACCUGUGUGGAGAAAAUACAAGUAAAUACAUAAAUUAUCGUAUAAAUAUGUACAGACACGUAAAGCCAUAUUAACUACAGGAGAGGGCACUUGGUGUGUGAACGAUGGCAAUUAUGAAACCUCAAGAUUGACAUUAUUAUUGGCACUCACUUUAGCAUGAUUAAAAAAGGAAGCGUUACUCGUGUCAGUGUAAUAAUCUGCUGUGCCGUUGAAUUGGACGUAAGCGCUGGAAGAAUGUCACUAAAAGAAAAAUAUGUAUAAUUGUGUGUUCCUCCAACACAAAAGGGGCUGAUCUGUUGUUUAAUUUUCCGUCUUUGCUGUGUGUAAAAUGUCCGAUUCUGAUUGUAGCAAAAAAGGAACUUGUUAGAUAUCAUCGGCAAGUCAUACGCUCCCAAUCUUUUUCAAAUUGAAGCAAAAAGUACUCUAAUGAACGUAAGCACAUUAUAAGGGAAAGAGACACAAAAAGCUAGUGUUUGUACAGAAACUUGAUGAGUCAUGCUCUGCACAGUCAUAAUAAAUCCCUUUACGUGUCGGUUUGCUCGGGCAGAUACAGUCUAAGGUUGUGAGGCAUGCUCAUUUAAAUUCAUAUACGAUUUAUAUAUAAAUUAAAUGAAUGUAUAAUGAACCUUCUACUUCCUGCUAUCUGCAACACACACUCUACACACUUCCUGUUUGAGAGAUUGUGACAGACAACUACUAGUGAGAGCUUUUAUUGAAAAAGGGAACGUUGCACCGUAGUUUGCACUCCUUUAAACAAUAAUGGCAGUAGUGUAAUACAUCUAUUGUGACCUUUAGUAAUGUUCAUUUUAAAUCACCAUUUGAUGCGUUUUGUUCCCUGCUAUUUUAAAUAUCACAUUUCCAUCAGUGCUAUUUCACCAACUCUAUGCAAGUGUUGCACCUCAACUUGAAUCUGUGUCCUCUGUUAUUGUACUGUAGCUUUACAUUCCUCGUAACACACACACACACACACACAGACAGACAGACAGACAGACACACACACACACACACACACCUUAUCUCAAUAUACUCAGAAUAUUUGGAAGGAAUUACAUACACAUCUUGGACCAAUUUAUCUUUUCAUUUGUGUUUAAUUGUUUUAUUUGAUUUCUUUGUCAAGCUUAGCAACUCCCUUUUUCAUUCCCUUGUUUUCGUGUGAUUGUAUUUAUGUUUAUUAUUUAUGAUCUUUGCGGUUCUAGGAAAUAAUUGUCGUUUUAAAAAAAAAGUAAAACAUAAUUCAAAUGAUUUUUUAAUAAUGUAAAAUCAAUCACCGGCUUCACGCUUAGCUACCCUCAUUAAAAAUGAAUCCCACAAACACUACAUUAGUAGUGGUCGAAUGCUAAAUGAACCCAAACAGGAACAAACCAUUGUUGGAAAGUGCUGAUUCAGCGUCUACCCCUCACAUUAUUGCUGUGUCAUUAAACGCGCUCCAUGUCGCUUUGUGUCGGUUCUUUCUACAUGAAUGCCUUCUGUGUAGUUUCUCCUCCUGCACUGUAUCACGGGGUUGUUGUCGAUGUUAUGUGUGUACAAGUGCUGCACAGAGGUAAUCACAAAUGGCAUAUAUCAUUUUGUGCAAUUGAUUUAUUUUUAUAGUAUUUAAACUGUUUUUGUUGAGAACUUUGUACCAGAUGUUUUACUUUGGAGGUGUGGGUCAUAUCCAGUCUGUGGACAGCUUGGUAGAAUAAUGAAAGGGGGAGAUGUCUACUAAUAAAAUCCUAAUUUCAAUU